AUGGAAGUCGCACUAGGUCCCGGCGACCGAGCUCGAGCCGCCGGAGCGGAGGGGGCAGCCUCCGUCGCCUUGCAAAGGGGGGCGCGGAGAUCUCCCCAACAACACACGAGAACACGACCAUUCGGGGGAACGGGCGGCGACAGCGCCAUAAUAAUGCAGGAGCUACGCCACAGAGUCCAAAACCUAGAACGACAGCUGGCUGACCGGGAACAGGAUGGACAGUUUACCGACCCAAGCUAUACCCCGUCUCCCGGGAGCGAGGAGGAGGACUCUCACAGAAGCCGCCCGCGGCGUACAUCCGCAUCCCGGACGGAAGCGGAGAGCACGCGGGAGGAAUCACCCGUAAGAAGAAGACGAAAUGACACGAUCAUCUAUUCCCGCGGCAGAACAACCCGCCGAGCGGCAAGAGGUCGCGAAGACGGGGAAGGAAAAUCUGACAGAACAAGACAACCUGUGAUAAUGGGCGUCACCCCGUUCCACCGAUCCAUCCUCGAGGUCCGGUUGCCGAAACACUUCGACAAACCAACGGACAUGAGGUAUGACGGAACUCAGGACCCUCUGGAACACCUCACGGCCUUUGAGGCCAGGAUGAACCUAGAGGGAGUAGGGGACGAAGUAAGAUGCCGCGCCUUCCCGGUUACCCUAGCAGGACCAGCGAUCAGAUGGUUUAACAGCCUCCCUCAAAGUUCCAUCUACAAUUUCUCAGACAUCAGCCGUGCAUUCCUUGCCCAAUUUGCAACGCGGAUAGCAAAGGCCAAGCACCCCAUCAACCUUUUAGGGGUAACCCAGAGACAAGGAGAGCCGACCAGGAGGUACUUAGAUCGGUUCAACGACGAAUGCUUGGAAAUCGACGGCUUAACCGACUCGGUGGCCAGUCUCUGCCUGACAAAUGGCCUCCUCAAUGAGAACUUCCGAAAACACCUUACCACGAAACCGGUUUGGACAAUGCAUGAAAUCCAGACGGUGGCCAAGGAGUACAUAAACGACGAGGAAGUCAGUCGAGUCGUGGCUGCCAAUAAGCGGCAGUCCGGCUACAGCCAAGCUCGACAGUCCGGUGGGGACGGUGAAAGAGCAAAAGAAAAGGCCAGGGAGGAGGCGUCAAACAAAGCACCUAGGCCGUUUCCUCGAGUCGGAAAGUUCACUAACUACACCCCACUCACUCUCCCCAUCGUGGAAGUUUAUCAGCAAAUAGCUGAGAAGGGAAUUCUUCCGAAGCCUCGACCACUUAAGGACCGUACGGGAGGAAACAAGAACCUUUAUUGUGAUUACCACAAGGGUUAUGGCCAUCAAACACAGGACUGUUUUGACCUGAAGGAUGCACUGGAACAAGCGAUAAGGGAGGGAAAGUUAGCAGCGUUCUCCCAUCUCAUCAGGGAGCCGAGAAGACGUUAUCGUGAUCAAGACGAGGAAGGCAAGACCCGUUCGGCCAAACGGCGACAAGAACCCGAGGACAGAGACCACGGCCUCACUGUGAUAAACGUGGUAACGGCAAAAAACGCUGCACCAAAAUCCCGGUCGGCACACAAGAAAGAUGCUAAGGUUCUGGCGAUCUCAUCCCCGCCGGUGCAAAGCUCUAAAAAACCUCCAUCCAUUUCUUUUGGCCCGGAAGACCAGUGGUUCAGCGACGCCCCGGAAAACCCCCCCAUGGAUGCCGACCUGACGAUUCACCAGCAUGGGGUUAUCGGGUUAGGUGACCACUUCAUCAAACCGGACGGAGUCAUAUCCCUACCAAUCUCGGUGGGGCAAAUCCAAGGCCGAAGAUCGGCGAUGGCCGAGUUCGUAAUCCUCCGAGAUUCCACAGCCUACAACAUCAUCUUGGGGAGAAAGACAAUCAACGAUUUUGAAGCCAUAAUCAACACCAAGCUGCUAGUUAUGAAGUUCGUUACCGAUGACGGAUCCAUAGGCACCAUAAGGGGAGACCUCGAGACGGCGGUCGCUUGUGACAACGCCAGCCUUUCCCUUCGAAAGAAGUCCAAGAAAGCAUCCGGCGUGUUCCUAGCCGACCUUGAUGCCAGAGUAGAGGACAAGCCGAGACCAGAACCAGAAGGGGACCUGGAGAAGUUUAGAAUCGGUGACGAAGAGGAAAAGUUCACAUUCGUCAACAAGAACCUCCCACAUGAGCUGAAGGAACCUUUGAUCGAAAUGAUAAGGGCCAACAGGGACUUGUUCGCCUGGACACCAGUCGACAUGCCGGGCAUAGAUCCAAAAAUCAUCUCACAUCAUCUAGCCGUCAAGGCGGAAGCACGCCCAGUGGCUCAACGAAGGAGAAAGAUGUCGGCGGAAAGAGCAGAGGAGGUAGCCAAGCAAACGGCCAGCCUCCUAGAAGCAGGCUUCAUACGGGAAGUGGACUACUCGACAUGGCUCUCGAAUGUGGUAUUGAUGCACUCGUCGACGCCGCGGCGGGAUACCGGUAUCUAA